AACCUGGUUUCUUUCAAUGGCUAAGACGGAGUCAGCAGCAGUAGGGGAAGAAACAGAGUUAAAGAAGGAACUGGGAAGGGUGGUGAAGACGAUUCUUGAAGAAGAUGAUAUCGGAUUGAAAACAAUUGAAGCUACGAGAAUCUUGUGUAAUUUAGCUGAACUGAAGCUCAAAAAACCUGUUGGCCUUGGAGUGGAUGACAUGGUUAUGCCUGAGAAAUUCAAGUGUCCUCUUUCAGGUGAAAUAAUGGGUGAUCCUGUUGUCUUGGCUUCUGGCGAGACUUAUGAUAGGCCUCACAUCCAGAAGUGGUUGAGUGAAGGUAACGUAACAUGCCCUCUGUCCAAACAAGUCCUUUCCCACACGAUCCUCACCCCUAACUAUUUGGUGCGAGAAUUGAUUUCAGACUGGUGCGUACAACGUGGCAUUGCACUGCCAAAAUCCUAUCAGGAUGUUGAUGGAAAUAUGAAUACUGAGGUAGACCAAGUUCAUUUGAACUCAUUGCUUGAAAGGAUGUCUUCUUCCCUUUCUGAUCAGAAGGAAGCUGCUAAAGAGCUUCGGAGACUAACAAAGACAACACGAUCAUAUCGGGCAGUUUUUUGCGCGUUUACUGAUGCCAUCUCUAGACUGCUCAGUCCACUGCUACAAAGCAAGGUUGAGUUAGACCCUAGUGUCCAGGAGGAUUUGAUCACAACAAUUUUUAACCUUUCAAUUCAUGGAAACAAUAAGAAACUAAUAGCAGAAAAUCCUAUUGUCAUCCCUGUGCUUAUUGAAUCUAUGAAGUUUGGAACCAUUGAAACAAGAAGAAAUGCUGCAGCUGCUCUAUUCUCAUUAUCUGCGCUCGACUCAAACAAGUUCAUCAUUGGAAAUUCUGGUGCUCUUGUGCCUCUCCUCCAACUCUUACAUGAAGGGCAUCCAUUGGCAAUGAUCGAUGCUGCCUCAGCAAUAUUCCGCCUAUGUAUUUUAUCUGAGAAUAAAGCAAAGUUUAUUGAAAUAGGGUUAGUGAAGGUAAUUUUGUGGAAGAUUGAGGAUGGUAUAGUUGUUGAUGAGUUGUUGUGCCUUCUUGCUCUACUAUCUACAGAGCAAAAUGUUGCUGACGAAUUUGGAAAUCUUGAUACUUUGCAUCGGUUGCUUCAAAUCAUAAGGGAUAGCAGUUCUGAAUUAGCUAAAGAAAAUUGUGUUGCAAUCUUAUACAAUGUGUGUUUGAAAGACCUGACUAUGCUGUUGGUUAUCAGGGCAGAAGAAAUUAAAAAGCAUACGUUAGCUGAACUUGCAGAUACAGGGACUGCAAGGGCUAGAAGGAAGGCUAAUGGCAUCAUUAAAAAAAUACAUAAAGUUUUUCCGACUAUGCAGAGCAUGAGGAAAUAA